AUGCUUUCCAAGUGCCUCUUGUAUGUGUUCGCGAUCGGGCUACAAGCCGCCGCUCCUCCAUACGGUCAACUCUCAGUUGUAGGCAAAAACCUUGUCGGUGCAAAUGGACAAAAAGUCGCACUACAUGGAAUGUCCCUUUUCUGGUCUCAAUGGACUGAGGGAUCCACUUUCUACAAUAAUGAUACUAUUCAAGCUUUGAAAUGCUCUUGGAACGCGAAUGUCGUCCGUGCGGCGAUGGGUGUCGAAGCGAAACAGGGCGGCUACUUGAAUAAUCCGACCACACGAAAGGCUGAACUGGCCAAGCUCUACGCAGUUGUGGAUGCCGCAAUUGAUGCGGGAAUCUAUGUGAUCAUUGAUUGGCAUGAUCACAAUGCACAAAACCAGGCCAGCGCAGCAGUCUCUUUCUUCUCAGCCGUUUCCCAAAAAUACGCCUCCUAUCCAAAUGUCAUCUACGAGACUUUCAACGAACCUCUACAAGAUGUUGAUGUGGCUGCUGGUAAUCCAUUGAGUGGAAGCAAUUUGAUGUACACUCUUCACUACUAUGCUGCCACACAUAAGCAAUACUUGAGGGAUAAAGCUCAGACGGCGUUGAACCAGGGACUUCCAAUCUUUGUCACUGAACACGGAACGGUGGAACAUACUGGUGAUGGCCAAGUUGAUCAACAAUCAUCCAAUGAUUGGUACACUUUCUUGGAGGACAACAAAAUUUCCUAUGUCAACUGGGCUAUUUCGAACAAAGCUGAAGGAUCUGCAGCUCUUAAACCGGGAACCACAACACAGCAAGUCGGAGAUGACUCUCGUCUAACCACUUCCGGGCGAUUCGUAAAGAACAGAAUGAGAGAUCAAGAAAAUGGAAUUGCUUGCUCCGGUGUCUCGAACCCACGACAAACAUCGCCUCCUCAAACCAAUCGACCGAAUACAACUCCUCGUCGUAAAAAUGGCUCAUCUGGUCUCCUCGUCUCAGUCGUAUCAGUCAACUCUUGGGGUAACGGAGCUCAAUAUAAAUUGGUUUUCCAAAACACUGGCUCUCAUGCGAUCUGUGGAGCCACUUUCCAGCUCAAUUUAAAUGGGCUCAACAGGGACAAUCACUGGAACUUUGAUCGAAACGGCAGUGCCUGGGUUUUGCCUCCUUGGGCUUGUCGGAGACAUGUGAGCCAUAUUGGACUGGAACUUGGAAAUAACACAGCAAUGGGACAAGCAUUGAACACUUGUGAAGACGGUGAGGACAACUUUAGAAGCCAAAUUGCUAUGAAAUGCUUUGUGAUCAACGGAAUCGAUCCUCUAAUGUCUAAACAAAAUCUUGCCGCUGUUACGCAAGAAUUGAAGACAUUGAAGAUGCUGAUUCACAAAAACAUCGUCGAAUUCAAAGGCGACUUUGAACAUCAAGAGAAUCACAAUCACUAUCGAGUGAUUGUUCUUGAAUAUUUGCCGAAUGGAUCAUUAGAUGAAGUAAUCUUCAAUCCAAACUACAGCUUCACCGAUCACACGGUGAUUGAAUGGUCGAUUGAUACUUUUGAAGGCCUUACCUUUAUGCACUCAAAGAAUAUCCGACAUGGAGAUGUUAAACCAGCAAAUUUAUUUUUGACUAUUGAUUUUCGCAUCAAACUUGGGGAUUUCGAUUUAACGCGAAUCGAGGAAGAGUCAGGUUGCACGGAGAGACAACAAGGCACUGAACGGUACCGAGCGCCCGAGUUGUGGAAAAAGAGAUUUAAUAGUCGACGCAAUGAUGUCUGGUCAACCGGUGUGGUUAUGUGGGAGAUGUUCGCUAGAAAACACUGUUUCAAAAAGGAAUCAGGGCAAGGAAGAUUGGAAGAAUUGAGUCGAAAAUGGGAACUGAAACCACCAAAACUAGAAACUGAUCAUCCAUUUGCGGGCAUUGUGAGAAAGUGUUUGAUUCAAAAUGUGACCCGUCGACCGGUAGCGAGUGAGAUCCACGAGGAUUUGUUGUCCAUUCAAGUGGCCUAUGUGAGCGACUACUCAAAGCGAGAAUUUAAACCAUUUGCGAAACAAGAGCCAACUUCAAUGAAACACCUAGAUUUUGAUGCGAUGCUAGAGCCAGAGAUUCCAAAAGGAUUCGAAAAGUCCUCAGUAUCCGAAGAUCUUCCAACCACUUCCAUAAAUUCUUCCUUAUCUUCCAGUCACAACCAUAUCAGUCUUACUCCAUUCGUCACACUUUCCACUCACUCCAAUUCCUCCUCAAUGAUGUCAACCAGUGAAAAUAUGACUCAAAAGCUGUCAGAUGUUGAACAAUUGCUUACAAGGAAAGGUGUGGCGAGCCAGAUUCCAGAUAUUGUUGUUUCUACUUCAUCAUCUUCUAAUCACAGUAGUAUUAGUCUUCCGCAUUCAGUCACUCUAUCUACAUCAACAGCUUCAACGGAUAAUGAUAUCAUUGAAAGGCUGGAAGAUGGAGAAUUGGGAGUAAAGGUUGAAAGCCAGGUGCUAAAACAAAACAACGUUCUCGCAGCUGACCAGUUGACUCAAAAGUUGAUGGAUCUAUCAAUAACGAUCUCAAAUGUUGUAGAUACAAUAGAACAGAUUCAAUGCCCCAGAACGGCCUCAGCGAGCGGAAAGGCUCAACUCUCGUCUUUGCCAGCUCAAUCUAACCCCAGCAGUGAUUUUUGGGAAACAAUCUUGCAGCAAUUAAUCCAGCUCAUUUUCAUGAUCAAUAAAAAAGCGUCAAAGAGC